UCACUGGAAAGAUAUGAAUAAAGUAUAACAGGAGCAUCAUAACUAGGAAAUAAACCCACAACCCUCCAGGAUGAAUUUAAAGAGCCAUCGCCACUAAUCCUGCUAGGUACUGCGACAAAAUGUAGUACUGUCACAUCACAUCUUUGAAAAAAAGGCGUUUUGAAGGUUAUCAAAAAGAAACAGAAUAAUUAACACUUUGGUACACGCGACGAAAAACAAAACAAAAAAAUAUCCUGUUUGAAAAAACCUUGCGUAACUUCUACAUUACAUAUUUUGUUACACGCCUAUCCGGAAAGCGUACAAAAAAUAAACCUAGCCUCUUCCUCGUUGGACUUUUCAUCACGAAAUCAAUACUCGCAUUUUCGAUGCACGUACAAUAUGCCAAUUUUAAAAUAAAGAAAAUUAAAUUAAAACGAAACUAUAACUCAAGUGGAUCUGCUCUUUAUUAGCUGCACCAAUGAACGGACGGGCCUGAUUCAAGCUAUGCUUUUUCUGGUGCGAUCUUUUGUAUCGAAACUGCUACUUUUGAAACGGUGGUAGUUUUACUGUGCUGCAGUUGUCCAUGUUUCAAGUUUGAUUGAGAGAGAAUCCGGCGCUGAUGUAUAGGUGUCUAGCUUGUAUUAGUCACCGUUUUUCUAAAACCUUGUCUCCUUACUGGUUUGGAACUGGGGAAUCAGUCUGGGGGCCUGGAAAUAGAUUUGGCCGGCGGUUCUUCGGAAGGAUGGAAAGAGCCGUUGUACGAUGCGUACCGUGGGAGACCAAGAUAACCAUUUCUUUCACUCUGGACGGCAGUCAGAAGCACAUGCUGAGGGAUCAGACGGAAGAGCUCGGCAAAGCGCUGUCGAGAAUAGCUAACAGCGUAAUCAAGGGCCAAGCUAAAGAAAAAAGGUCCAAAAAGAAAAAAUCGGAGCUGACAGAAGUCCAGGAACCCGUCGUAAAACUUUACUACAUGGAUGACUUUGUAGCAGAGGACGCGCUCAAUGCAGAUGCCUGGCAGGAUGGAGCCGUUCUGCAUGUAGGAGACAGCAGGUACAAAGUGGAAAGAAACCCUCCUGCGUUCAUCACCGCAGAGCUCCCCAAAUCACUCUUAGCCGGCUUCCCCGUCUGCACGAAGUUGGUGAUUGAGUUUGGAGAGCUGAAGCACUGUCAGUUUACGUGGUACAAGGAGAAAGCUCCAAACGCCGAGAAAGACGGUGUGGAAAACUGCUGGAUAGAGGCAGGCAAUGAACGAGUAUUCACGCCGUCCAAUGCGGAUAUUGGAUUAAAGCUCAAAUUGAAAUGCACCCCUGGGAACGGCGAAAGGUUUGGGGUUUCAAAAGAGGUAGUAACUCCGGGGCCCGUGGAAGCGGGUCCAGGUAGUUGCACUUUCGACAACAGACAUCUGUACACCAACAAGGUCACGGACGAGUCAACGAUCAGAGCGGUUUCCUACAAUAUUUUGGCGGACAUAUAUGCGCAAACGGAACUUUCCAAAACCGUGCUGUACCCCUACUGCGCUCCAUACGCCUUGGAGAUCGAUUACAGACAGAGUUUGAUCAAGAAAGAGCUGGCCGGCUACAACGCGGACAUCGUUUGCCUCCAGGAGGUUGAUAAGUGCGUCUUCGCGGACAGUCUGUCACCUGCCCUCGACGCCUUCGACAUGGACGGGGUGUUCAGACUAAAGGAGAAGCAACACGAGGGUUUAGCCACGUACUUCAGGAGGUCCAAGUUUGAGCUACUGAGUCAGCACGAUAUAACGCUGAGCGAAGCUUUGCUAUCCGAUCCGCUGCACCGGGAGCUGUUGGAGAGGGUAUCCACCAAUCCAGUCCUAAAGGAAAAUGUCAUACAGAGAUCAACGACUCUCCAGGUGACUGUGCUGCAGUCAGUGAAAGAUGUCUCCAGAAAGCUGUGUGUUGCCAACACCCAUUUGUACUGGCACCCCAAAGGCGGGCACAUCCGGCUGAUCCAGAUGGCCAUCGCCCUGCGACACCUGAGCUGGGUGACGUCGGGACCCCACCCCGGCAUCCCUCUGCUCUUCUCCGGGGACUUCAACAGCACGCCCUCCACAGGGAUGUACCAGCUGGUGACUCAGGGCGCGGUGCCCGAGAGCCACGAGGACUGGGCGUCCAAUGGAGAAGAGGAGCUCUGCCCGCUGGCCGUGAGCAACCCCUUCCAGCUGCAGAGCGCCUGUGGGGAGCCAGCCUACACCAACUACGUGGGCGGCUUCCACGGGUGCCUGGACUACAUCUUCAUUGAGCCUCGGGCCCUCCAGGUGGAGCAGGUCAUCCCCAUGCCCAGCCACCAGGAGGUCACCACACACCAGGCCCUGCCCAGCGUCCUGCACCCCUCCGACCACAUCGCGCUCGUCUGUGACAUCAAGUGGAAGUGAUCUCCUCUCCUACCUCCGUCUUGGGAGAGGCAGCCCCACCACCAGACGUGGUUUCAGCACUGUAGCGUUAGGAAACCGACUUGUAAUAAUCGACGUUUGGAAGGCUGUCGAUUUCGGACUUUUCCCACACAUUUCUGAUCUUCAUUGAAAGUUAACUUUUUCCCCAGCACUAAAUUGCGCUAAAAUGUCAACUUUGUGAGUUGCAUCAGAACCGUGUCAGAUUCUCUCCUGAAACCACAGUAAGAUCACAGUCCCCACUGUAGAUUUAAUGAACAGAAAAAGUUCACAGGUGGUGUCAGAAAUGAAUCGUUGGAGUAUGAACUUGGCCUGCUCCCAGCGUUCGAGUAGAGAGCAACGUCAGCAUGUGUAGGCUGUAAAGGAACAGGUAAAGGUUUAUUCCAUGCAGAAAGGAAAUGAAAGAGACGCAGCCUUUUGGCUUUAUCUGCUUUGCCUGUUCCUUUGCACAGUAUUACUGUGUUCGUAGACACACACGUUACCUGAUUUCUAAAGCUUUUUUGCAAGAGCAAAAACUAAAAUUGACACUAGUGACACAGUGAGAAGAACUUCUCGGACUACAUGCAGAUGUUCCUUUUUCAGUAAUGUGUUAAGAAUCCUUUAAUGUUUAUGAAUGUCCAAUCAUUUUGUACAACCACCUUUUUUCCCCACAGCUUGUCAUGACAUUUCACUUUGUGAAAUGUUUAUGACAAACAACAUGUAAAAUUGUUCUAAGGAUUUCAAACUGACAGUAAUGAAUAACAAUUUGACUUACUAGCUAAUCAAGAAUACCAGUAUGCUGUAUCACAGAACAAUUAGAGCUGGUAAAUUACCAUUUAAUAAUGAAUAGACAUAUCACUACCCCUUUAAAGCAACUUGCUCAAAGGUUUUUGUAUUUUUGGUGUUUGGCCGCCUCCAAAAACCUGUGUGGCAUGAUAUUUUAAUUCCUAAUGUAAUUAGUGCUCAUUUAGGGGAUGUGUUUGAUGAGUUAGAAAGCUGAACAGUACCAGUAAUAUUACCUUCAGGGUGUAUUGGGAUAUGUUCAUAAAGCUAAAAUGUGUCUCAUAGUUUUAGCCCUUUCCACUUAGUGAUCAUGAUGCUUUUGCAAAACCGAAAUAUUCUUACAUGGUCAAAUCAUGCUCCUCGUGCGGUUCAUGCAUCAGCAAGCCUUGUUUAAAAUGUCAAUGCUGGGCUCAAUGUUUGAAAAGAAGUCUUCAUGUGUGUUUGAAAUGAGGAAUCAGACAUACAAGGAGUCUCGGAGCUUGUAAAACGAUGGAAAUUACAGAAUAAAUGGUGAUGCUAUUUCAUUUUU